CGGUCCCCGUCGUCCCAGCCAUGCCGGACGCCGUCCACUACAUCCACCUGCACAACUUCAGCCGCUCGCUGCUGCGGACGCUCAACGGGCAGCGCGCCCGCGGCCACUUCUGCGACGUGACGGUGCGGGCCCGCGGCGCCUCGCUGCGCGCCCACCGCUGCGUGCUGGCCGCCGGCAGCCCCUUCUUCCACGACAAGCUCAGCCUGGGCCACUCGGCCAUCGAGGUGCCGCCCGUGGUGCCCUGGGCGGCCGUGCGCCAGCUGGUGGAGUUCCUGUACAGCGGGAGCCUGGUGGUGGCGCGCUCCGAGGCGCUGCACAUCCUCACCGCCGCCUCCGUGCUGCAGAUCGAGGCCGUCAUCGGCGAGUGCACGCAGAUCAUCUCGCAGGCGCGGGUGGUGACGCCGGCCCUGAGCGCUGAGAUGGCCACAGAGAUGACCACAGAGAUGACCACAGAGAUGACCACAGAGAUGACCACAAAGCUGGCCACACCGCUGACCAGAGAACUGAGCACAGAGCUGGCCACACCGCUGACCAGAGAACUGAGCACAGAGCUGGCCACACCACUGUCCACACCACUGUCCACACCACUGACCCCAUCCCUGACCACUGAACUCUCCACACCACUGACCACACCACUGACCACAGAACUGACCACGGAAGUGCCCACAGAGAUGCCCACGGAGAUGCCCACGGACGGCCCCAGCGGGCACAGCCGCAAGCAGCGGCAGCCGCUGCGCCUGGCGCCUGUCCCCCUCAAAGAGGAGCGCCUGGAGGAGGAUGAGGAUGAUGAGGAGGAGGAUGAGGAGGAAGCGGAGGAUGAAGGAGCCCCCCAGGAAGGCGUCGUGGCCUCGCUGUCCCUGCCCUGUUUUGGAGCCGCCGCCGUGGCCGAGGCGCCGUCGGUGCCGCCCUGGGAGGCGCCCGGGGGGGACGGGGUCGGAUUCGGGGCCCCCCCGGUGGUGGCGCCGCCCUGCCGGGCACAGCCCCCCCCGUACCAGUGCGGGCACUGCCAGAAGAGCUUCAGCUCCCGCAAGAACUACAGCAAGCACAUGUUCAUCCACUCAGGUGAGAAGCCCCACCAGUGCUCCAUCUGCUGGCGCUCCUUCUCGCUCCGGGACUACCUGCUCAAGCACAUGGUGACGCACACGGGCGUCCGCGCCUUCCAGUGCUCCGUGUGCUGCAAGCGCUUCACGCAGAAGAGCUCCCUGAACGUGCACAUGCGCACGCACCGCCCCGAGCGCUUCCAGUGCCGCCUCUGCCGCCGCGGGUUCUCGCACCGCACCCUCCUGGAGCGCCACGCCGCCACCGCGCACGCGGGGACACCGGGGACAGCGCUGGCGCUGCCACCAGGGCCACCGUCUGUGCUGGCGCUAGGGCCGGCCACCAUCGGGGCCAUCACCGGCGCCACCAUCUGGGCUGCCACCGGGGCUGCCACCAGGGCAAUCUCUGGGACUGUCACCAGGGCCACCAUCGGGGCCGCCACCAGGGCUGCCACCAGGGCCACCACCGGGGCUGCCACCGGGGCCAUCGCUGGGACUGCCACCACUGGGACUGCCACCAGGGACACCAUCUGGGCUGCCACCAGGGCCACCAUCUGCGAUGCCACCAGGGCCACCAUCUGGGCUGCCACCAGGGCCUCCUGCACUGGGGCCAUCACCAGGGCCACCAUCUGCGAUGCCACCAGGGCCACCAGCAGGGCCAUCACCAGGGCCACCACCAGGGCUGCCACCAGGGCCAUCACUGGGACUGCCACCACUGGGACUGCCACCAGGACCGCCAUCGGGGCCACCAGCAGGGACACCACCCAGGCUGACGUUGGGGCCACCAUCGGGGCCACCAGCAGGACCAUCACCUGGGCUACCACCAGGGCCACCAUCAGGACUACAACCAGGGCCACCACCGGGGCCACCACCAGGGCUGCCACCAGGGCUGCCACCAGGGCCACCACCGGGCUGCCACCAGGGCCAGCAUCAGGACUACCACCAGGACCUUCACUAGGACUGCCACCAGGGCCACCACCAGGGCCACCAUCUGGGCUGCCACCGGGGCCACCACUGCCAGCAGGGCCACUGGAACUGCCUCCAGGGCCACCACUGGAACUGCCUCCAGGGCCACCAUCUGGGCCACCACUGGGGCCACCACCAGGACCAUCACCAGCGCCACCAUCGGGGCCAGCACUAGGACCGCCACCAGGGCAACCAGCAGGGCCAACAUCUGGGCUGGCACCGGGGCCACCACCGGGGCCAUCACCAGGGCCAUCACCGGGGCCAUCACCAGGGCCACCACCUGGGCUGCCACCAAGGCCACCAUCUUGGCUGCCACUGGGGUCACCACUGGGGUCAUCACCAGGGCCACCACCAGGGCUGCCCCCAGGGCCAUCACUGGGACUGCCACCACUGGGACUGCCACCAGGGCCACCAUCAGGGCCACCAUUGGAGCCCGGACUGGGCACAUGGCAGGGCAUGGCAGGUGCUGGCCCUGCUCACCCGGCCUGAGGAGGGGGCCCAGCCCCUUGCAGGGCUGUGAGGGGGGCCCUGGGGGCCCCUCGGUGGAGCAGCCGGGGUGAGGGGAUCUCCAUGGGGUUCCGGAGGUUGUGGGGACGUUCCUGGUGACAGGAGAAGGGCACGGGGAUGUGGGGGACGCCUGGGGGUCCAGGCAGAAGCGGGAUCAGGGACAGAUCCUGAUGGGACCCCCGGAAUGUUCUGGAACUGAGCUGGGCACAGGGAUUGGAUGGAUGGACCAUGAGGAUGAUGAUGUCAUU